AUGUCAACCACGUCUCAGCGCCUCCUGCCGGAGGUCUCCACUCCUCCUCUCGCCGAGGCCGUGCCACAGGAUACGAUGAGGUUCGCAGAUCUUGCCGCGGACCUUCAUCCAACCCUCAUCGAGACUAUCACUCAGGAUCUUGGCUUCGAUCACAUGACACCGGUACAGGAAGCGACUCUCCACGAACUUCUGCACAAUCGCGUCGACUGCUUGGCACAAGCAAAGACAGGGACUGGCAAGACCGUGGCCUUCCUUCUGCCAGCAAUCCAGACCCUGAUGAACAAGCGACCCACUACGAAGAAGAAGGUCUCUCUGCUCGUCAUCUCGCCAACUCGGGAAUUAGCGCUGCAGAUCGCGAAGGAGGCAUCCUCACUGCUCGGUCGACUGCCUCAGUACAAGGUGCAGUGGGCUAUCGGAGGCACGAACAAGGACCGAGAAGAACGCGACAUUCUCGGUGGCUGCGACAUUCUAAUCGCCACUCCCGGCCGCCUCAAGGAUCAUUUUGGAAACCCUAAUGUUGUCGAACUCUUUUCUAGCCUCGACACGUUGGUCUUGGAUGAAGCCGAUCGUCUGCUUGACAUGGGGUUCGCCGCCGAACUUAAGGCCAUCAUCUCAUAUCUGCCGAACAAGGAAGAAACCAAACGUCAAGGUAUGCUGUUCUCGGCCACGAUUGCCGACCAUGUCAACAAAUUCGCCCAUUUGGCUCUGUCGCCCGGAUACAAAUUCAUUUCUACUAUUCCAGCUGGUGAAUUGAAUACUCACGAGCACGUGACUCAGCUUCUGGUCACUGUGCCUGACUUCAAAGAUGUGCUGCCGGCCACAAUUUCAACCCUUCGUCGUGAGGUGGCUUCCACUGGCAUCAACAACUUCAAGGCCAUUCUCUUCUGUCCUACUGCAGCUCAAGCUGACUGGUUCGCCGAAUCUAUCUCCAAGGCCUCCGGUCUUCCGACAGUGUCAACACUUCAUGCCCGUAUGUCGCAGUCGAAGCGCACAAACGUCACCAAUGCGUUCCGCACCGCGUCCUCAGCGAUCCUCAUAGCUACUGACGUUGUUGCGCGCGGCAUGGACUUUCCGAACGUGUCCACUGUGGUGCAGAUCAACUUGCCUACAGACAAGGAGUCCUACAUCCAUCGUCUUGGUCGAACGGCACGUGCAGGACGAGACGGUCGUGGUAUCUUCAUCAUCGCCGAAGCAGAAUCUUUCUUCCCUAAGUAUCGUCUGAAGGAGAUCGCUUUUGUCCCGACCGAGGCCGACAUCAGUCCUCAGGACACAGCGCUUGUGCAGCAAACUGCUGCGAACAGCGAGAUGCAAGGCAAAGCCUACCAAGCAUGGCUAGGCUACUACAAGGCUCAUCUCAAAGCCCUGAACUGGACUCCGGAGCAGCUCGUCCAACAUGCAAAUCGGUACGCAAUUGAUGCUCUCUGUGCUGGCGGUGUACCGGAGCUGCAAAAGUCGACGGUCGGGAAGAUGGGAUUGAAGGGUGUCAGGGGCUUGAAUGUCGUGGCGAAUGCGCCGCAUGUUGGUCGUGGUGGUCAGGCGAAUGCUCCAGCUGGUGGCGUUGCUUCCUCUGGUCCUGGAUCUUGGAAAGGCGGCCGGCGUAUGCCAAAACCUUACAGUGAGCCGCAAGAAGAGCCGAGUUACCAGCAUGCUGGCAGAACGCGGAGAAAGGACCAUCAGUAA